UUUCCAAACUGCAGCGAAGAAGAGUGUCGCCCACCACCUUGUCCGGUGCUGCAGUUGCAGAAAGAAAACGAAGGCAGACCUCGCUCUAUGACCAUAACAUUAAUAAAUAAAGAUGGCGCUUGAAUCGCGAAUUACACAGGAGGAAAUAAAGAAGGAGCCCGAGAAACCCAUCGACCGAGAAAAGACUUGUCCCCUUCUGCUGCGAGUGUUUACCACCAACAGCGGGCGGCACCACAGAGCAGAUGAAUUUGCUCGGGGCAAUGUGCCUUCCAGUGAACUCCAGAUUUACACAUGGAUGGAUGCUACGUUGAAGGAGCUAACUAGCUUAGUAAAGGAAGUGUACCCAGAAGCCAGGAAAAAGGGGACCCACUUCAGUUUUGCCAUCGUCUUCCCUGAUCCGAGAGUAAAGAUGUACCGGUUGAAAGAGAUCGGUGGCACCCUGUCUGGAAGGAAGGGCCCCGAUGACGGCUUGACUCUGCAAUCUCAGCGUUUCCACAUCGGAGACUACCUGGACAUAGCCAUCACGCCACCCAACAGAGCGCCGCCCCUCAACACGCGCAUGAGGCCCUUCUGAAUACUCAGUCACAUCAUUGAUGCAACAGAGGGACGGAUCUGUCUUUUAUUUUUCUCAGUUAUCUUCAAUUGAUUUCCUCCAUUUUAUAAAACUUGAUGUUUAAUAAAGUUGUUUUUUUUUUUUUUCCGAA